AGGGUCAAAAAUGGUGUUGGAAUUUUUAUCAAAGAACCGCUAGCCCAAGAAGUGCUGGAUAUUAAAAGGAUUAAUUUACGUCUCACGGGGAUCAAGCUUCGCCUAGAAAAGCAAACAAUGACUAUUUUUUCUGCUUACGCAUCACAGACAGGCGAAUCAGAAGAAAUGAAAAGUGACUGA